AUGCCUCUUGUAGGCGCCGAUUCGAAAGCACUCAAGAAAGGAGAUGCGGAGAAACCGUUGGAACCCGGUGCAUUCCGCGUGUACAAUAUGCGAUUUUGUCCGUGGUCGGAACGAGUUAUGAUUUACGUCGCUCGGAAAGGAAUCGAUGCGGAGGUUAUCAAUCUUAACGUCACUGACAAACCACAGUGGUAUUUUUCGAAACACUAUCUCGGAAAAGCUCCAGCAGUUGAGCACGAUGGAAAAGUAGUGAUUGAGUCGGGAUAUAUUCCCGAAUAUCUUGAUGACAUCUUCCCAGAAUCGAGAAUUCUUCCAAACGACCCUUAUUUGAAAGCCCAACAGAAGCUUCUAGCAGAGCGACUCACUUUAGUUGCAAUGGCGGUUCCUUGUUUGUUCGCUGUAAUGCGUGACAAGAGCUUGAAAGAAGAAAAGAACGAGAAAGUCAUCGAAGCGUUGACAACUGCCGAAUCGCUGUUAAUCGCUGAUUUCUAUGCCGGAGAUCAGCCAGGUUACCCGGAUUUCCUCACAUUCCCAUUUUUUGAAAAAAUUUGGUGGGCAACAGCGUUGGAGGGAGUAACUGAUCUGCCAACAGCAGAUUUUCCCGGGAUUGAAAAAUUUCCAAAACUUACAAAAUGGUUCAAGGUGAUGUUAAAUUCACCAGAGGUUCAAGCGGCCACUCAACCAAUCGAACACGGAAGUGCUUUUAUGAAUGCUUAUGCCACCCACUCGAUUCUUGACUACGAUUUGGGAUUGUAG